CAUCACCCUGGUGGACAGCGGCCGGGUGGCCUUCUCCAACCCCGUACGGCAGUCGCUGUACGACUUCCAGGACUGCCUGGGCGGCGGGCGGCCCAAGGCGGAGGCGGCUGCGGAGGCGCUGCGCCGCAUCUUCCCCUCCGCCGUCACCCGCGGAGUGGAGCUGGCCAUACCCAUGCCCGGCCACCCGCCUGCGGGGCCUGCGGAGGAGGAGGCCAUGAAGCAGGCCACCCAGCAGCUGGAGCAGCUGGUCUCCUCCCACGACGCGCUCUUCCUGCUCACCGACACCCGCGAGUCCCGCUGGCUGCCCGCGCUGCUGGCGGCGGUGUACGGCAAGAUAGCCAUCACCGCAGCAGUCGGCUUCGACUCCUUCCUCGUCAUGCGGCAUGGAGCGCCGCCGGGCCUUUCCAACGCCCCCCAUCCUCCUCCUCCUUCUCCUGCAGUCCCCGCUUCCACCUCCAAACCUUGCUGCAACCCCUCCGGCGGCGGCGGCGACAACGGCAAGGACAGCACCUCACAGGCGAGUGCCGCGGGUCGGCGGCUGGGUUGCUACUUCUGCAACGACGUGUUCGCCCCCGCCAACAGCACUCGCGACCGCUCGCUGGACCAGCAGUGCACCGUGGCGCGACCCGGGCUGGCGCCGCUUGCGGGGGCGCUGGCGGCGGAGCUGCUGGCGGCGGUACGGCAGCAGCCGUCGGGGGUGUGCGCGCCGCCGCCCAGCGUGCACUUGCAGCUGGCGGAGGGGCAGCAGGGGGAGAGGAUGCCGCCGCUGGGCCCGGCGCCGCACAUGGUUCGUGGGCAGCUGGCGUUGUUCAGUCAGGUGGUGAUGGAGGGCUGGGCGUUUGCGCAGUGUACGGCAUGCAGCUCGGCGGUGGUUGAGGCGUACAGGUGUGGUGGUUGGGAGUUGGUGGCGGCGGCGCUGCGGGAGCCGGGCUACCUGGAGCGGCUGACGGGGCUGGCGGCGCUGCAUGAGGCGGCGGCGGCGGCGGUGGCGGGGAUGGAUGAUGAUGAUGAUGAGGAGGAGGAGGAGGAGGAGGAGGAGGGGAAGGAGGAGGGGAAGCAGAGGGAGGGAGGUGAGAAGAAGGAAGGGGAGGAGGCGGGCGGUGAGGAAGGUGGAGAGGAUAGGGAGGAGGAGGAUUGGACGGAGCUGUAGGGUUGAAGGGGUCGCGGAUCAGGGCUUGCAGGGUUUGGAGGAUUUUAGGGUAGGAACUGCUGCGGCUUGGCUGAACGGGAGGGAGAGGAAUAGGAGGAAACGUGUAAGGAGGAAUGCUUAAAGUUGAGCGGGUGUGGGAUAUCAAGGAAUGCUUGUGCUGGGGCUGGGGUCACGGGUUAUGGGUAGCACGGGCCUCAUUACUGUACUACGCAAGUAUGGAUUGGUUGGGGUGUACGGCAAUGUGCAUAGGCGCUCUUCAUGCGGAUGCAUGCAACAUUUGAUGCAUCGCUUUUCUACAUUACUAAGCACGUGUUGGCUGACCCUGCGGCUAUUCGUACGCAGGUUGCGUGGUACGGGGGGCGGCACGACAUACCGGUUACAGCUGGAUGUGACGUUUGUCAAUCCUGACGGAUGACAUGCCGUCGAAUGGGAAUUACAACCAGUGUCUGCUGCCUAACACAGCGCUGUUAGGUGGCGGCUUUUACUCCCGGUUAUCGUUUGUAAUACACGCC